GCCUAAUACGCUGUUUGCCCACCGCCGAGAAGAAGAACAGCAGCACGGAUGUUAUUACCAAUGGUUAUAAUAAACCAGUAGACAAAAUAAUCUGCGCGUCACAUCGCUUUGUGCACAUUCACAACAUGUCAGCAUCUGGCUUUAUCCUGGUGGUCCUCGCGGUGUCUCUGUGGCCCGGAGACUGCAGGCUCAUCAUAGACCCGUUUUCACUCAUCAAACAGAAAUCACUGACAUUAGAUAUGUGUUUAGAGUGCAGCCAGGUCGUCCAGCUGUCCGCCAACAUGAUUUCCAGCAGAGAUACCAAGGAGACUGUCUAUGAAACCUUGUAUGCUCUGUGCCAACGCCUCCCAAGAGAACAGGCCUCAGAGUGUGAUUCACAGGUGAAGGUGUAUUUGCCAAAAGUCCUGCAGCAGACACCUGGUCACCUGAAACCAGGAGAAACCUGUAUGGUGUUUGGACUUUGUGCUGCCCACAAGGAGGAACUGCUGAAACCUUCCCACCAUGCAACCAAUGCAGUGUCCGGCUCUAAACUCGGCUCAGCCACCACAACCCACCUUAGUGGGCAGUUCAACCCAGCUUGCAGCCUGUGUUUGUUUAUCAUCAACAAACUGGAGACCCUGUUGCCCAAGAAUAUGACUGAGGAUGCUUUGAUGAAGAUCAUGGAAGAGGUCUGUGAUCUCCUACCACACAGCUAUAAGGACCAAUGUGAUGAUUUUGUCGACAAAUAUGGGACGCAGAUAAUCGAAUUCCUCUUAUCGUCUGCAGCACCUCACACAAUAUGUAUUCUUUUGCACGUCUGUUUGUUCGAGGAGCAGCCUCUUCCAGAGUUGUCCCUCCCCUCGGAUUGUGAGUUUUGCCGCACGCUAGCUGUGCUGAGCCGCCUACACCUCGGCCUCAACUCCACCGAACCUCAGACUUCCUCUUUCCUCCAGUCUGUGUGUGUCCUUCACCCAAAUGCUAUCCCCAAGUGUGAGGCCUUCAUCCAAAUCUACAGCUCCAGACUGCAGAAGGUUUUGGGAAACCAGAUGGACGCCCAACACCCUUGUGAAAGAGCCGGUCUGUGUGUUGCCGUGAAGAAGUUGGAGCCGCUGGGAAAGAAUCGUUGUACUUGGGGGCCGAGCUACUGGUGCAAAGACAUUCAAACUGCUCAGAAGUGUGGCAACCAGGCCUUCUGUGAGAAGUACAUGUGGAAGGAGUGAACCAAUCUGCCAGCACAAAAAUAAUUACUUUCUUUUUACAAAUGUAUUGCACUGAUCAACUCUUCUUUUUUCUUUUUGGGGAAAUUCAUGUCAUAUGCUAUUUUGUUCAAUAAGCGUAAAUAUUGAUCCUGAAAUGAUUCUGUUUGUAUGACGUGUCACAAGACUGGGAUUCAGUCUGAAACAUCAGUUUGUGCAGUGAUUAACGGUUUCGUGAGCAGCAUUAAAUCGGUAGAUUGCUAAAUAUGUCAUUAUGAAUGUGAAAUUGCAAAAACCUUUCAUUACAUAGGAUGAGCCAUCAGUAUGUAUGAAAGACUAUUAUUCUAUUAGAAUAUGAUCCCUGGUGCAAUCAAGCACAUACACAUGACAAACUCCUCAACCUUCAUUAAAAGUCAACAGACAAGUCA